GUAUUGUUCAUUAUUACAAUUCAGGAAGUCUUCUUUGUGCCAUGGAAUAGUUGGACCGCUUUUGUUAGGCUUUUGCGGCCGGCCGGCAGGGAUAGCCUUGAAUGAGAAAACAGGUGAUCUCUACGUAGCCGAUGCUGCAUUGGGUCUUCACGUUGUUUCUCCCGCAGGUGGUUUGGCAGUGAAGAUCGCCGAUAGUGUUGAUGGAAAGCCAAUCAAGAAUCUCGAUGGUCUUGACGUUGAUCCAACUACUGGUGUCGUCUACUUCACUUCCUUAACCUCAAACUCGUACCCAGUCAAUCGAGAUUGGCCAUUGGAGGAUGUGACCGGAACACUCUACAAGUACGAUCCAUCAACUAAGGUUGUCACAAUAGUGAUGGAAGGUCUAUUUCGCUCAACUGGCUGUGCCGUGAGCUCGAACGGCUCGUUUGUGCUGGUGAGUCAGUUGGCAGGGCAUGACAUCAAGAGGUAUUGGAUCAAAGGACCUAAAGCUGGUUCUUCUGAAGACUUCAACAUUCUAAUAAAUAGCCCUGAGAGUAUCAGAAGAAUCGGUUCUACUGAAAAGUUUUGGGUCGUUUCGGCCAUGUCAUACUCCUACGGCGUGAACCAAUCAGCAGUAGUGCUCGACUCUAAUGGGAGAGAGUCUAGAGACCUCCAGGGAGUGAGCAUAUGGGAAGAAAAUGGGGAUAAUCUGGUUAGCGAAGUUAACGAAUCCAACGGUAGUCUAUAUAUUGGGACUUUCACUGGAAAUUAUGUUGGAAUUUAUAAGCUUUGUAAGCCUUGAAUGGAAGGCAGUUCCAAAAAGUGACUGAAAACUCAGUGGGAUGGAUCGCAUUUAAUUCUCUAUUAGAUUAUUUAUUGAACGUUGUAAUAAGAGAUUUGUUGUAUAGUUUUUAAUGGGGAUGGACAUAUGUCCGCUCGGAUUCAGUUAAUUUAUUCAGAUUUUGGAUUUUUAGAGUUAGAAAUUUAAAUCGUAUUCGGAUAUUUACAAAAUUUAGUUUGGAUUUGGUUCGAAUCAUUGCGGGUUCGGAUUCGAGUUCGAUUACCCAUUUUAAUUAUGUAUUUUUAACAAAAAUCCAAAUAUACUUAAAACUUCAAAAUCCAAAAAUAAAAUAAUAUAAAAUAUUAAAUUUUGAAUAACGUAAGACCAAAUAUUCUGGGCUUAUUAACAUACAUAAUUAUUCGACCAUACUACAAGAAUACCAGUAAAAUUAUUGGGCGUCGUGUCAAUAUUGUUGGGCAUGUUGCAAAAUGGACGUAGUCUAUAAACCAAUAACGUGUAUUUUCUUAUAAAACGUUUUUGGUAAAUAUAAUAAAAACACGAUACAAUCGAUUGAAAAGUGUUAGAGUUGCAUAGAAAAUAAUGUGAACUCUUCACUCGGCACCUGAAUUCUAUUUUUCAAUCGAUUUCACGUAUUUUCCUUUUCUUAAAAACUUUUAUGAUUUCUGAUUCUUUUAGCAAUAUGAUUAUGUUUCUAAUUCUUGGUAUGAUAUAAAAGCUCCGUAAAGAAAAGCAAUAUUCGGCUAGACUAAAGAUCUGAUUUUUUGUGUGGUGUUUUUUACUUCUUUUUCCUUAAAUUCAUAACCAAUAACAAUUAUUUAUCUUCUUUGUGUACAGAAGCCUCAACCAUGGUUAAGUUCGGCAAGAUACAAAAUUUUCAAUUUCUAAGAAUAUUCUCAUUCCAGCAUUUUAGUUGAUACGAAUCUUAUGAUUUUAUAAUUUCUUUCUUUGAAAAUGAUAUUAUUCAGUAGUUGUAUGUAUAUAAUUUCAAUUCACUAAUACAAAGGUUAAAAAUAUAGGA